AUGUCCGUCCCGGGGAUCAACGGUAUCCCUACGAAUUAUGACGGUACCGCCCAGGGCACCGGCGUGCCUGUCACCGACCGCCCAGGCCACGCCGAGCUCGAGCAGGAUGUUCACGACACCACCGCCACGCGCGCUACCUCGCUGACCGAGGUCGCCCACAGCGACACGACGCGUCGCGAAAAGUCGAGCCCCGUCAACGGCGACGCCGUCGAGGCUGAGGAGCCCAUCGACGACGAUUCCGAGAUGGAGCGCCGCUCUUCCAUCGUCCAAUCCCUGGCGCGCAAGUACUCCCACACAUCUCACAAGCUCCCCGCCGGCACCAACCCCUUCCUCGCCGCCCAGCAGGAGGACUCGUUCCUGAACCCUGCCUCGGCCAACUUCAGCGCUCGCAGCUGGGCCAAGGCCGUCGUCGAAAUGGUCAAUGCCAACGGCCAGGGUUUCCGCAAGGCAGGUGUCGCUUUCCAGCACCUCAACGUCUACGGUUUCGGCCAGGCCACCGACUACCAGAAGGAUGUCGCCAACAUCUGGCUCUCUCUCGCCGGCAUGGCCCGCUCUCUCGUCGGUGGCGGCCAGAGGCGCAUCGACAUUCUGCGUAGCUUCGACGGCAUUGUUCGCAACGGCGAGAUGCUCGUCGUCCUCGGCCCCCCUGGUUCUGGCUGCUCCACCUUCCUCAAGACGAUUGCUGGCGAGAUGAACGGUCUGCACUCGGAUCAAAGCUCCUACUUCAACUACCAGGGCGUCACCGCCAAGGAGAUGCACACGAACCACCGCGGCGAGGCCAUCUACACUGCCGAGGUCGAUGUUCACUUCCCCCAGCUCAGCGUUGGUGACACGCUCACCUUCGCCGCUCGCGCUCGUCAGCCCCGCCACCUGCCCGAGGGCCUCAACAAGAACGACUUCUCCUCGCAUCUCAGGGAUGUCGUCAUGGCCAUGUUCGGCAUUUCGCACACCGUCAAUACCCGCGUCGGCAACGAGUACAUUCGUGGUGUCUCUGGUGGUGAGCGCAAGCGUGUCACCAUUGCCGAGGCCGCGCUGUCUGGUGCCCCUCUCCAGUGCUGGGACAACUCGACCCGUGGUCUCGACUCUGCCAACGCCGUCGAGUUCUGCAAGACCCUUCGCCUCGAGACGGAGCUGUUCAACACCACAGCUUGCGUUUCCAUCUACCAGGCCCCUGGCAGUGCCUACGACCUGUUCGACAAGGCCACCGUUCUGUACGAGGGUCGCCAGAUCUUCUUCGGACGUGCCGAUGAGGCCCGCCAGUACUUCGUCGACCUUGGCUUCUACUGCCCGCCUCGCGCCACGACGCCUGAUUUCCUCACCUCCAUGACCAGUCCUCAGGAGCGUAUCGUGCGUGACGGGUUCGAGGGCCGCACCCCUCGCACGCCCGACGACUUUGCCACCGCCUGGAGGAACAGCCCCAACUACAAGGCCCUUCAGGCCGAGAUUGAGGAGUACAAGACGCAGCACCCUCUCAACGGCCCCGACGCCGAGGCUUUCCGUGCCCACAAGCACGCCCAGCAGGCCAAGGGUCAGCGUGUCAAGAGCCCCUUCACCCUCUCUUUCAUGCAGCAGGUGCAGCUGUGCCUGUGGCGUGGCUGGCAGCGCCUCAUCGGCGACCCUUCCAUCACCGUGGGUUCGCUGAUUGGCAACACUGUCAUGGCCCUCAUCAUCGGCUCCGUCUUCUACAACCUCCAGGACACCUCCGCAAGCUUCUUCCAGCGCGGUGCCCUUCUCUUCUUCGCCCUGCUCAUGAACGCUUUCGCCAGUGCUCUCGAAAUUCUGACCCUGUACGCCCAACGUCCCAUUGUUGAAAAGCACAGUCGAUACGCUCUAUACCAUCCCUCUGCCGAAGCCGUUGCGUCCAUGCUUGUCGACAUGCCGUACAAACUGCUCAACUGUCUCGUCUUCAAUAUCACGCUCUACUUUAUUACGAAUCUGCGGCGCGAGGCGGGUGCCUUCUUCUUCUUCCUGCUCAUCUCGUUCUUCACGGUCCUGGCCAUGUCUAUGAUUUUCCGCACGAUCGCCUCCUCGUCGCGCACUCUCUCGCAAGCCAUGGUCCCCGCCGCCAUCCUGAUUCUCAUCCUCGUCAUCUUCACCGGUUUCGUCAUUCCCACGCCCUACAUGCUGGAUUGGUGCCGCUGGCUCAACUAUGUCGACCCCUUGGCUUACGCCUUUGAGGCUCUCGUCGUGAAUGAGUUCCACAACCGCAACUUCAUCUGCACCAACUACGUUCCCUCCACCGACCCUGCCGCCGGCUACGAGAGUGUCAGCAACGACAACCGUGUCUGCACUGCCGUCGGAUCCAUUCCCGGCAAUGACUUUGUCAACGGCGACGCGUACGCCUCGCUGUCUUUCGGAUACGAGUGGGCCAACCGCUGGCGCAACUUUGGCAUUCUCAUCGCCUUCAUGCUCGGCUUCCUCGUCGUCUACAUGGUGGCCGCCGAGUUUGUGUCUGAGAAGAAGUCCAAGGGUGAGGUUCUCGUGUUCCGUCGUGGAUACAAGCCUUCUGCCUUCAACGAGAAGCAUGCCCAGGAUGACCCCGAGGACAUGGUCCGCGUCGGUCCCGUCACCACUGCUGAGCGCGCUCGCGUUGCCGAGAAGGGCCAGGACGCCGGCUUCAUUCAGAGGCAGACCUCCAUCUUCCACUGGAACAACGUCUGCUACGAGGUCAAGAUUAAGAAGGAGACGCGCCGUAUCCUGGAUAACGUGGAUGGUUGGGUCAAGCCUGGCACUCUGACGGCUCUGAUGGGUGUCUCUGGUGCUGGCAAGACCACUCUGCUCGAUUGUUUGGCCGACCGUACCUCUAUGGGUGUCAUUACCGGCGAGAUGCUUGUCGACGGCUACCAGCGUGAUACAUCCUUCCAGCGCAAGACUGGCUACGUCCAACAGCAGGAUCUUCACCUUGAGACUACCACGGUCCGCGAGGCACUCAACUUCUCCGCUCUCCUCCGUCAACCCGCCCACGUCCCCAAGGCCGAGAAGCUCGCCUACGUUGAUGAGGUUAUUAAACUGCUUGAUAUGGAGGAGUACGCCGAAGCCAUUGUCGGUGUUCCCGGUGAAGGUCUCAACGUUGAGCAGCGUAAGCGUCUCACCAUCGGUGUCGAGCUGGCCGCUAAGCCCCCCCUGCUGCUGUUCAAGCUCACCAAGUCGGGCCAGGCCAUUCUCUGCACCAUCCACCAGCCUUCUGCCAUGCUGUUCCAGCGCUUCGACCGUCUUCUCUUCCUUGCCAAGGGUGGCCGCACCGUGUACUUUGGCGAUAUUGGCGAGAACUCGCGCCACAUGAUUGCCUACUUCGAGCGCAUCAGCGGUACCACCUGUCCCGCCGAGGCCAACCCCGCCGAGUGGAUGCUUGAGGUUAUCGGUGCCGCCCCCGGCUCUCACACUGAGGUCGAUUGGUUCGAAGCCUGGCGCCAGAGCCCCGAGUACGCCACUACGCAGGCCGAGCUUCAGCGUCUCAAGGAUGAGCGUGCCCCUCAGGACCCGUCGUCCUCGAAGGAGGACACUGCCUCGUACCGCGAAUUUGCUGCCAGCUUCGGAACCCAGCUCUACGAGGUCACCCACCGUGUGUUCCAGCAGUACUGGCGCACCCCAUCCUACAUCUAUUCUAAGGCCGCCCUCUGCAUCCUCGUCGCUCUCUUUAUCGGAUUCGUCUUCUUCGAUGCCCCUAACUCGAUGCAAGGUCUUCAGAACCAGAUGUUUGCCAUUUUCAACAUUCUCACCGUCUUUGGUCAGCUCGUGCAGCAGACUAUGCCCUACUUUGUUAUUCAACGGUCCCUCUAUGAGGUUCGCGAGCGACCUUCUAAAGUAUAUGGCUGGAAGAUCUUCAUGCUGUCGCAGAUCAUUGUGGAACUCCCCUGGAACUCCCUCAUGGCUGUGCUCAUGUACGUCUGCUGGUACUACCCUGUCGGCCUUCAGAACAACGCCAUUGCCGCUGAUCAGACCACCGAGCGUGGCGUCCUGAUGUUCCUUUUCCUGCUCAUCUUCCUCCUGUUCACCUCCACCUUCACCGACUUUAUCAUUGCCGGUUUCGAGACGGCCGAGGCUGGUGCCAACAUUGCCAACGUCCUCUUCAUGCUCUGCCUCAUCUUCUGUGGUGUCCUCGCCAACCCCGAUACGCUCCCUGGCUUCUGGAUCUUCAUGUAUCGGGUGUCACCGUUCACGUACAUUGUCGCAGGUAUGCUGUCGGUUGCGGUUGCCAAUACGAACGUUGUCUGCGCCGACAACGAGCUCCUCAGCAUUGUGCCACCGUCUGGCGAAUCCUGCUCCGAUUACCUUGGCCCCUGGAUGGAGCAGUUUGGUGGUUACCUCACCGACGCCACCAUCAACUCGACCAGCGAGUGCCAGAUGUGCACCAUGGACAAGACAAACACCUUCCUGAACUCGCUCAACAUUGACUACGCCGACCGCUGGAGAAACUUUGGCAUCGGCUGGGCGUUCAUCAUCUUCAACGUCUUCGCGGCGCUGGGUCUGUACUGGCUGGCGCGUGUGCCCAAGAAGGGUGGCCUCUUCGGCAAGAAGAAGCAGGAGUAA